UCCCACUCUAACUGUGCAUGCGCGGCACAGCGAUCGGUGCUGUGUCCAAUCACAGCUGAACACAUAGGGGACAUCAGUGCCCUGAUGAUCAGUGUAGCCCCAUCAAUGCCACCUGUAAGUGCCUAUCAAUGCUACAUACCAGUGCCCAUCAGUGCACAUCAAUGCCACAUAUCAUUGCCUACCAGUGCAUAUCAAUGCCACAUAUCGGCACCCAUCAGAGCUGCCUUUAAGUGCCACCUUUUAGUGCCAGUCAGUGUCGCCUAUCAGUGCCGCUAGUCAGUGCCACCAAUCAGUGCCACCUAUCAAUGCCAGUUAGUGCCGACUAUCAGUGUCAGUCAGUGC